CGUCAUUCCUUCGACGACCACCGGAUCUUCCCUUACACGGUUGUUCCGGCAAUAUAAAUUCUCCAUUUUACCCCUACUCUAUUCCUCUAAUUCCUUUUUUAUCCUUUCUAAUUUUUUCUAUCCCUUUUUUCCUCAUAUUUUGCAUGGCAGUAAGUUUUCUAAAUCGGGAGGUAUCAGAUUUAUGCCUUGGAAAACCGGCAUUACGGCCUAUAAUUCCGGCGACCGCCACGUUAGCGGAGGCGAUAGCGGUUUUGAAGAGAACCGGCGAGACUUAUGCAAGCGUGUGGAAGGUUCUAGAAGAAGAUGAUUAUUCUGUUGAAUGCCGCUGUAUAGGGAAGGUUUCAAUGGUGGAUGUGAUUUGCUAUUUAUGUAAAGAGGAAAGUUUAAUUGAUUCUUCUAAGGUACUUGAGGUUCCUGUAUCUAAGAUUUUGACUAAAGGGGAUAAUAUUGUUAGGCAUUUGGAGCCCAAUUCCAGCUUGCUGGAAGCUAUAGAUCACAUUCUUGAAGGUACACAGAACCUUGUUAUACCGAUUCACAACUACACAAAUUCAAGGAGAAAGCCUUUGAGUAAAUCAUCCUCUUUGAAAUCCACACAUCAUAAUGGAGUUGAAUACUGUUGGAUAACACAGGAAGACGUUGUCCGCUUACUUCUCAAUUCCAUUGGAGUGUUCUCCCCUAUGCCAACUUUUUCAAUUGAAUCGCUCAACAUCAUCGAUCACAACAUCUUGACUGUUCCUUACCAUGACCCUGCAAUCUCUGCUUUGGAUUCAAUCGCUCUAGCACAUAUUGAACAAACAGCAGUUGCAGUUGUCGAUGAUGACAACAGACUAAUCGGGGAAAUCUCCCCCUCUACUCUUGCCUACUGCGAUGAAUCUGUUGCAGCAGCGAUCACGACUCUUUCAGCUGGUGAUCUUAUGGCAUACAUUGAUUAUGGUGGUCCUCCAGAGGACUUGGUUGAAUUGGUGAAAAUGAGAUUACAAGAGAAAAAACUUGGCCUGAUGCUAGAAUUGAUGGACAAAGAGUUUUCAGUGUCGUCUUCAUCAUCUUCAGCUUCUAGUUGUUCUUCUGAUGAUGAGUCGGGGUCGAGUAGAAAUGGUUCCGGGCGAUAUUCUUCAGCAAGAAGGUCAGAGGCGAUCACGUGUUAUCCCGGGAGUUCAUUGGUGGCUGUGUUGAUUCAAGCGCUUGCGCAUCGUGCGAGUUUCAUUUGGGUCAUUGAUGAGGAUCAAAAUUUGGUUGGAGUUGUAACUUUUAAAGGAAUUUUGAAAGUUUUUAGGGGUUUUGCGAAUACAAGGUGUAAACCUGAAAGGGAGAAUUUAUCAACUCACUAGCUCAGCUUGUAUCCAUAUAAGUAGAAGAUUAUAUUGCAGACUAUGUUACCAAUUUUAAUGAUAAACCUUAUCUUUGGAUUUUCUGAUACUUA